AUGUUCAUAACCGAGGCUCUGCUAUGGCGAAUGCUCAGCCACGAUAACGUACUGCAGUUCAUGGGCAUCUAUUCCUCGGAAUACGACUUGCAAGAUCUGGAAGGAUAUCCCACGUUCUAUCUCGUCUCUCCCUGGAUGGAGAACGGGACGUCGCGGGAUUAUCUCGGCAGAAAUGGCAUUCAACGGGCCCCAGAAGCGCAAAGACUGGUACUCGAGAUUGCUAAGGGACUGACCUAUAUUCAUUCGAAGAAAAUCGCACAUGGCGAUAUUCGAGGGGCCAACAUACUGAUUGCUGAAGACAAGAGAGCGCUGAUCACCGAUUUCGGCCUUUCCUUUAUCACAGUUAACUCCGUACUAAAUCCGAGUGAGGAGACUGGCGGAGCCGUGCGUUGGAUGGCCCCCGAACUUUUAUUAUGGAAUGGCCAGACCGACGGCAAUGACGGGGGUCCAACUUCAACGCUUGAGACGGACGUGUGGUCGUUCGGAUGUCUGUGUCUCGAGGCAGGUGAUGCGUUGUACCUCCUCGUAGUUGGCUGA